CUUAAGCCCACCCUGCCUCCUCCACCCUGAGGGUCCCGUCAUCCGAUGACGACACGCCAGCUGAGCGUGCGUGAUGACGUCACCGUCAGGCCGGCGCGCGCCGCGUAACGUGACAUUCCUUUGAGAAGAAGAGGGGAAAGAUGGCGUCCUCGAACAAUCCGCGAAAAUUCAGCGAGAAGAUCGCGCUGCACACCCAGAAGCAGGCGGAGGAGACGGCGGCCUUCGAGGAAGUGAUGAAGGACCUGAAUAUCAGCAGGGCCGCGCGGUUACAGAAGACCCAGUAUUUGCAGCUAGGGCAGAACCGAGGACAGAACUAUGGAGGCUCACUGCCCGAUGUCAAUCGGGUUGGAAAUGGCACCAUUGACGGGCCGUUUCAGAACUCCGUGCUGGACACCAGUCGGACCACGAGGCACCACGGGCUGGUGGAGCGAGUCUACCGCGACCGGAACCGCGUCGCCUCGCCUCACCGCCGGCCACCGGCCGGCGACAAGCACGGGCGCCAGAUGGACAGCUGUCCCUACAGCGCGGCGUACCUGUCCCCGCCGCCGGACACCAGCUGGAGAAGGACCAACUCUGACUCUGCGCUGCAUCAGAGCGCCGCCGGCGCCAAGGAGGCGUUCGCCGGCGGGUCACAGGAGCUGCAGCCCAGACGGGGGACGGAGGCUUCGGAGUCGAAUGAUGAGGACCAGCUGUGGGAUGACAAGAAGGAUGAUUCAUCGGCGCCCAACAACACGUGUGACGUCCCGGGAAUCAAUAUCUUCCCGUCUCCAGACCAGGAGCUGAACCCGUCGAUGCUCCCGGCGGCUCAUAACUCCGGCGGCUCGCUGCCCGACUUGACCAACAUCCAGUUCCCUCCUCCGCUGUCCACGCCGCUGGACCCCGAGGACGCCGUGGCCUUCCCCUCCCUCAGCAACGCCGUCAGCACGGGCAGCCUGACCACCAACCUCACGCACCUGGGCAUCAGCGCCGCCAGCCACGGGAUCCCCUCGUCCUCUCAGCUGCCCCCCGUGGUGCCGCUCACCUUGACCUCUGACCUCCAGCAGUCCCCACAGCAGCUCUCGCCCGUCAGCAUCACGCAGCCGGCGGAGCCGCUGACCCUGGAGCAGCAGCUGUCCCGGUUCCCCCUGUUCGCCCAGCUCCCGGCGCAGGCCCAGGCUCAGCUCCUCGGGGACCUCCAGAAGCAGCAGCGGGCCCUGCAGCAGGGCGUCCGGCUCGUCACGCUGCCCCCGCUGGCCUCGCCCGGUACCGCGGCCAGCGGCCCCCCAGACAGCCAGAGCCAGACCACCGCCAGCAUCGGCAUCGGCUCGGACCGCAAUCAGAGCGGCUCCCCGGCCACUCAGUCUCCCACCUCCCCCGUCUCCAACCAAGGCUCCUCCCCCGGAGGCUCGCCUCAGCACAUAUCCGUGGUGGGCAGCAUCUUCGGCGACUCCUUCUACGACCAGCAGAUGGCGUUGAGGCAGACCAACGCUCUCUCUAACCAGCUGGAGCAGUUCAACAUGAUGGAGAACCCCAGCAGCAGCAGCAGCAGCCUGCUGUACAGCCAGAGCUCCACCCUCAACUACACGCAGGCCGCCAUGAUGGGGCUGACGGGGAGCGGUAACCUGGGCUACGGUAACCACGGCAACAUCCCCAACAUCAUCCUCACGGUCACAGGGGAGUCUCCGCCCAGCCUCUCCAAAGAGUUGUCCGCCUCUCUGUCCGGCGUGGGGGACGUGGGCUUCGACUCUGACUCUCAGUUCCCGCUGGACGAGCUGAAGAUCGACCCGCUGACCCUGGACGGGCUGCACAUGCUCGACGACCCCGACAUGGUGCUCGCCGACCCCGCCACCGAGGACACGUUCCGGAUGGACCGGCUGUGACGGUGAGGCCGAGCGCGGCCGAGACAAACCCACCCGGUCGAGGACGGAGAGCCGGAGAGACGACGCUCUCGCCCGCUGCAUAGCCGCCCGGCCGCCUGACCCCGUGACCUUUGAGGCGACGGCGGGGGAGGAGACGGCGGCGCUCGCCGUGGAAUGGCCUCGUUUUGAAUGACUUCGCCUGCUGCUGUGUUCACAUCGCGUCACGACGGCUCCUUUUCUCCUCGUGUCCUGUAAUAUGAGUUAGUUGAUGUUUGCCGGGAGCAGGAAGCAGCCUGGACGGAGAGCUAGCGGCUAUGCUAACGGCCACGCUAACGGAAGAAGAAGAAGAACAUCAGGUUGACUUUGACCUGCUCGCCGGUCCCAUCGUUUCUAUUUCACACUCAAAGCUUUAUUUUUAUUGUUGACAACCAAAUGUGACGUCAUCAGGUCCUGAGCGCUCUGAUGCUUUCUGUGUUUACAUGUUUAUUUAUUAAGUUAAAGAUUUUAUAUUCCAUUUCAUGAUUUAACUUUGAUGCCAAAAUGCUCUCUGUAGGCCUCGUGUUGACUUGCACUGAUGUAACGUGUGUGUAUUUAUUUAUUCCCAACCUGUUUCUGUGUGUGGAGCUGCUUCCUGACGGAGGCUCCUCCCACAGCGGCUCUGUGUUGUCACGGUGG